UGGCCCUUCACCCGCUCUUAUACCUUUACUCCAUCUUCUGUGAGGUUGCUUCACAUUCGACCACCAUGGCUGACUGGGUUCCCGCCACCGGAAAGCACUCCGUUAACAUCGGCAGCUCUGUGCGCAGAGCGCUCAAGGCACGAAAGGGUAUCGCCCCGCCCACGAAGAAGGGCAACAUCCCAGACCGCGAGUUUUACUCCUUUAAAUGGGGCUUCAAACCCGAAUCCAUCGAUCCGACAAAGCCUGGGACCAUAGAGGUGAAGAAGAACCAGGAGACGGGAGAGACGGCCGUCACCGUCGAACGUCCGAGCACAGCGCAGCCAGGUGAUGUCUUGAUAUAUUCGGGCCAAGAGCCGGCGAAGCCAAGGGACAUGGACUUCGUCCUCAUCUAUGAUGAAGCCACACAGGAAUAUACCCUGGAGAAGAUAGAAACCCAUUUCGUGCUGAACACCCACGUACGGGCGCACGAAUCAACUAUACGAGCCAAUCGAUCGCCUAUGGGAGCCUCAUUGUCGACGCCUGAAACCAAAGACUCGCCCAAUGAAGCCCCGACGCCGGUCAUCCGUCGAGAAGAGGAAGAAAGCUCCGGUGACGAAAUACUCGCAGCAGCAACAGCCUCAUCAAAACGAGCGGCCCCCGCCCGAAAACCCAUUUCUCCGCCCGCUCGUCCUGCCGUUCCUACCGUCACGGCCGCCACUCCCUCCCCGAGUGGCACCCCCUCACGCACGCCCAAACCGUUGGCCACUGCCAACGCGGCUGCGUCAUCGAGCAAGCUCAAGCAGGCGGACAGCAUUGACCUUGACCUUGAGCUGGAUUUGGACCCUCCCCCUCCCACCUCUUCCGCAGACGCAGGCGUUGAGGCGGAGGUGAUCGACUUUGGCAAGCCUUCGCGACCGGCACCGGCAUCACCGUCGCGGAAACGGAAAAGGCCGUCCCCGCCGGCCUCGCCGCCGCCGCGGGCACCGGCACCGGCACCAAAUCCGCUAUCGCUCUCAUUUCCCAGCGCAUCCAAUUCCACGGUGUUGCCCUCGUCUCUGGGUCUGCCUCCUGCAGGCGCGGAUGAUGAUUCAGAUGAUGAUGACUGGGAAGCGGUCGUCGGGGCGGACACGCAGCCAUCCACGUCCGCCCUAACUCUCAACGGGCACGAGCCUGAAGACGAUCUCGAGGCGCAGCUCACCCUGGCGCUCGACGGCGGCGAAGACGAUGGCGAGGGCGAGGACGAGGAGAUCGACGCGGGCGCGCUCGAGGCCGAGAUGGCGGACCUCGGCGCUGCGGACGCGGAGGGUGACUCGGAUGACGAGUUCCUUGCAGCAGUGAACGGUGACGAUGACGACGCUGCUCCGCCAGGCGCAGGUGGCCGGCCUCUCACGAUGAGCGAGCUGUUGGGCGGCGAGGGCGCGUAUGAGGGCGACACGACGGAUUCGGAUGACGACAGCGACGAAGAUUAGGUCGUCGAUCUGGAGGGCUAUGGUGAUUAGAUAUUUUUGGUCUGAUCUUAGACUUAUUCGAGGGAUACGUCAAUUCGCGCUGCGAUGUAUCUGCUUGGUUGCUCGUCCGCAUGAUUAGCACACUAUGUAGCGAGUGC